AUGGCCCUGAAGAGGACCACUGUCAGCGGUCCAGUGGCCCGACGCUUCCAGGUCCUGACCCGAAGCAAGGCGACGCUGGCCACUGUAGGUGCGAGCUUGGAGUGGCUGCGCCUAAUAAAGCCGUCAGGCACACGACCGUUGAUGCGAGGGGUACCGCUGCCGGGGCCAACCCGGAGUGCUGUUGCUACGAGACUUCUACACAGCACACCACCACGCUCUUGUUCCGCCGCUUCGCGCGCGCGAUACGCCGAAACCAUGUCUGACCGCGAGGUUCUUCCUGACAAUGUCAAGCCCAACCACUAUGCCUUGUCCAUCAAGGAUAUCGAGUUCAAGAACUGGACGUACCAGGGUACUGUAACUAUCGAGUCCGAAAUCUUCAAGCCUACUAGCCAGAUUGUCGUCAACACCCUCGAGCUUAAGCUGCUUCGUGCCAAGGUUUCGGUCGACCACACAAAGUCCACCCAGGGUUGGGAGUCUACAAACUUCUCCAACGAUGAAAAGGCCCAGCGUACUACCAUCACCUUUGACCAGGAGCUUCCUGUUUCGAGCAAGGCCUCUGUCACCAUCGAGUUCGAGGGCACCAUCAACAACAACAUGGCUGGUUUCUACCGCUCCAAGUACAAGCCUGUUGCUGGCACCACCCCCGCUGCCUCUGUUCCCUUCGACGACGAAUGGCACUACAUGUUCAGCACCCAGUUCGAGUCCUGCGAUGCUCGCAGAGCUUUCCCAUGCUUUGACGAGCCCAACCUCAAGGCCACCUUUGACUUUGAGAUUGAAGUGCCCGUCGACCAGGUUGCUCUCAGCAACAUGCCUGUCAAAGAGACCAAGCCGUCCCGAGACGGCUGGCAGGUGGUCUCCUUUGAGACUUCUCCCCGUAUGAGCUCCUAUCUGCUAGCCUGGGCCGUCGGAGAUUUCGAGUAUGUCGAAGCCUUCACCGACCGUCGCUACAACGGCAAGCAGCUCCCCGUCCGCGUCUACACUACCCGUGGUCUCAAGGAGCAGGGCCGCUGGGCUCUUGAGCACGCUCCUCAGACGAUCGAUUUCUUCUCUGAGAUCUUCGACAUUGACUACCCUCUUCCCAAGUCCGACCUCCUUGCCGUGCACGAGUUCACGCACGGCGCUAUGGAGAAUUGGGGUCUUGUCACUUACAGAACCACACGCGUCCUCUAUGACGAAAAGACCUCUUCGCCCCGUCUCAAGAACGACAUUGCCUACGUUGUUGCUCACGAGCUGGCUCACCAGUGGUUCGGCAACCUUGUCACUAUGGACUGGUGGGACGAGCUCUGGCUCAACGAAGGUUUUGCUACGUGGGUCGGCUGGUAUGCCGUCGACCAUAUCCACCCCGAUUGGGAGGUUUGGGCACAGUUCGUCAAUGAGGGUAUGGAAACCGCCUUCAAGCUGGACGGUCUUCGCGCCAGCCACCCAAUUCAUGUUCCCGUCCGUGACGCUCUUGACGUCAACCAGAUUUUCGACAGCAUCAGCUACCUCAAGGGAUGCUCUAGCAUUCGCAUGCUUGCCAACCACCUUGGCGUCAAGACUUUCCUCAAGGGUGUCUCUAACUACCUCAAGGCCAAUGCCUAUAAGAACGCCAAGACGUCGGACCUCUGGGCUCACCUCAGCGAGGCCUCGGGCAAGAAAGUGGAUCAGCUCAUGGGCCCCUGGAUCGGUAAGAUUGGCCACCCCGUCAUUACUGUUUCCGAGCAGCCCGGCCAGCUUUCCGUCAAGCAAGCGCGCUUCCUUUCCAGCGGCGAUGUCAAGCCCGACGACGACACCACUACUUGGUGGGUGCCUCUCGGUCUUGAGGGCAAGAAGGGUCAGGCUGGCAUCUCCUCUGUCGAGCUGAAUGCCAAGGAGGAGACCAUCAACGACGUUGACGAUGACUUUUAUAAGCUCAACACGGGUGCAACCGGCUUCUUCCGCGUCAACUACCCAGAGUCCCGUCUCCAGAAACUCGGUACCCAGCUCGACCGCCUCGACCCUGUUGACAAGAUGGCCAUUAUUGGAUCCACCGCUGAACUGGCAUUUGCGGGUAACUGCAGCACUUCCAGCCUGCUUACCUUCCUCAGUGCUUUUGGCAACGAGACCCACCCCCUGGUCUGGAGCCAGGUGCUUGAUGCAAUCAGUGGUAUCAAGAGCGUCUUCAAUCAAGACGAGGCUAUUCGCGCCGGCCUCAACAAGUUUACCAUUAAGCUAAUUGAUAGCCGUAUCAAGACGCUCGGCUUCAAUCCUUCUGAGGGUGAAUCGUACCUCACCAUUCAGUCUCGAACUCAUCUUCUCACCAGCGCCAUAUCCAGCCGUCACCCCGAAACACUCGCCGAGGCCGUGAAGCGAUUCAACACCUGGGCUGAGAACCCCGAGGCCAGCACUCUCCAUCCCUCGCUCCUCUCGCCUGUUCUUCAAGCUGGUGUAGUUUCCGAUACCGCCCGCGCUGUCGAAUUCCUUAAGAAGGAGUGGUUUAACACCAAGUCUGUCGACGGCAAGCUUGUCAUUUCUCGCGUCCUUGGCUUCGUCCCUGACGCCGAGAUUAUCAAGAAGGACAUUAUCCCCUUCAACUUCGACACGUCACCCCGCGACAACAACACGGCUGAUAUGCACUUCCUUGGCAACAUGCUCGCCGAGAACCCUCAGGGCCGCCAUUCCCAGUGGCAAUACAUGAAGGACAACUGGACAACUUGCACCGAAAAGCUCUCUAACCCUAUCGUCCUGGACCGUUUCAUUCGUUCCACGCUUAGCAGCUUCGUCGAGGACGCCGACGUGACGGACGUUAACGCUUUCUUCCAGGACAAGGAUGUCAGCGGCUACAACCGCACCCUGGAGACGGCAAAGGACAAGUCGAGCGCCAGAGCCGCGUACAAGCAGCGCGAUGCCGCCGCGAUCAAGGAGUGGCUCGCCGCUAAUGGAUAUUGA